UUAUUCCACAAAAGCGUCUUGAAGUUAAAAGGUGUAAACAGAUAGAUGGCAGGCAUACACCGCUGAAAGGGAUUGAAAAUUUUUUAAAGUCAACAGUUCCGCCGUUUAGCUUACGCCCCCCUUAAAAAUUCUAAGUAAAUUCCAACACUUCCCUGGAAAAUCUGCAAACAAGCCAUGUCCACCGUUACUGAAUCCCAGUCACUCGAAGCAGAAACCGAAACUGAAACGGAAUGGGAAUCAGAAAGCGAAUCCGAGCCACCGAAAGAGCCAUGUCUCCGAAACUGGCUAGACCUCCCGCGGGAUGUGACGGCGUCGAUCCUGUUGAGACUGGGAGCUAUAGAGAUCAUCGAGAGCGCUCAAAAAGUAUGCACUCAGUGGCGCAACAUCAGCAGGGAUCCCUCCCUUUGGCGGUCCAUCGACAUGAGGAAUGCUGGUGACUUACAUGACAUGCCCUAUAAUCUCGAGAUAAUGUGCAGGCAUGCUAUAGAUCGCAGCUGUGGUGGUUUGAUCGAUAUCAAUGUCGAGUAUUUUGGUACGGAUGACGUUCUCGCUUACAUCACCCAGAGAACAACUCAUCUCAGACGCCUCCGACUGGUGCAAUGCUGGGGUAUUUCAGAUGAGGGAUUGAGUGAAGCAGCUUCAAAAUUUCCAUUGCUGGAAGAGCUUGAAAUAUAUUCUGGUAAUACCGGCAAAGAUGCUAUUGAAGCUGUUGGGCGUUGUAGCCCUCUUCUGAAAACAUUCAAAUACAAUCAAGUGGCUAUCAGAGACCCAUAUUUUAAGGAUGACGAGGAGGCACUAGCUAUUGCACAAAACAUGCGUGGACUACACCACCUCCAGCUUCUCGGAAACAAGCUGACUAAUCAUGGUUUGCAGGCCAUUCUUGACAGGUGCCCGUACCUUGAAUCCCUUGACCUGCGCAGAUGUUACUUUGUUAAUCUGGAUAAGGAUUUGGGGAAAAGAUGUGCUGAACAGAUUAAAAAUUUGAGACACCCCAGUGAUUCAACUCAUGACUAUGAAUUCACUGUAAGUAGCGAUUCUGGAUUUUCUGAUGAUGACUACCUUUCUUCUGACUUUGGUAAUGAGGAUUAUGGCCUUGAUUACGAAUUUUAUGGUUCUGAUGGUUUUGAUGGUAAUGAUGGUAUUUAUGAUAAUGAUUAUGAUUAUGAUCUAUGGUUUAAUUGGGGAGAUUUGUAGCCAGGGGUGACUGAUGAAGUUAAGGAGUUUUGGAUGUCUGAGAGGAGGUUCUUCUUGAUUUUGGACAAGGAUUGACGCUAUGCAAAUGAUAUUUUGUGAAACUCAGACCCUUUUGUUGAAAUUACAGAGAGCUCAACUGUAGUAUUUUUUGUCCAGCUAUGUAGUAGGAGCUAAUUUCGGAUGCCUAUAUAUUUUUCUUUUUGAAGUAUAUAUUUCUAUGAGAAUUUUAGUUGUCUGACUUUAUCAUAGCAGUUUGAUUCAUACUAUGUUAUGGUUUUUAAGGUUUAACUGAGACCUGAAGGUUAGGUACAAUGCUUAAAAGUA